UGUCCAGUACACCCUCCCCUCUGCACUAAAUCACUACACUUGAAGGGUUCAAAGCAUCAGAGCUAGUUCCAUAUUGCUGUAGAAGAAUAUUCGCUGCCAGAGUUGAUGGUUUAUGACCUGCUCGGACAGAAAGAGGGGUUUCAAGCGAGGAGAUAAUGAGAGUUCACACACAUACCAGAUUCUGCUUUCUCUGCGUGCUGACCCUCCUGUUCCAUCAGUGCAGUCACUGUCAUGAAGGAGGGGCCCACCAUCACAAUGGGCACAGCCAUGGUGACCACAACCACGACCAUGUCCACAGUGACCUGCAGAUUUCAGAGUCGACCUGUGGAGGUUUGUCAGACCGGUUGGAGCACGGUAAUCACAGCGAGCCUGCAGAAGAGCAACGUUACUACAUUCAGCAGUUGUUCUGUAGGUAUGGCCAGAAGGACCGUCUGGAUUUUACAGGCUUCCAGAGUCUGCUGCUGAGUUUAGGGCUUGGCAAGGUGAGGGUUGUGGGACUGGAGCAUGAAGAUCUUGGCCAUGAUCAUGUGGCCCACUUAGAUAUUUUGGAAGUACAGGAAGGCUGGCACUCACAUUCCGCCUCUAAUCCUCACCCUCAUCCAAAGCCCCACAACACUCACCAACACUCCCAGCAUGAGGAAGAAGAACACACCCCUGCUGAGGAGCUCCCCUGCAGUAAAAGACGUGGCACUGGAGCUGAGAGCACCAUUGAUGGUCGAUCAGAAAACCAAGAGCAUGAUCAUGAUCAUGAGAAAGAUGGUGAUCAUAAACACACACAAAUCCACAAACCUGUCAAAGACAGUCCUCAGACUCAAGAUCAUGACCAUGACCAUGGUCAUGAUCACAAACACUCAUACACACACAGUCACGAACAGGACAGUGACGUGACACAGCAAAUGGACCAUGACUAUGACCAUCAUGAUCAAAAUAGUGAACAUACCCAAGAAAAUAAUGAUCUAAGUGAAGACCAUAUUCAUGACCAAAACCACGAUGACCAUGGGGACAAUACCCACCAUCAUCAUGACCACCAUCAUCACAAACACCCCCACCCUCAUCUCCAGUACAGUCCAGACAGUGUGGACCACACUGCGGUAAUGCCUCAGCUCACACCCAGGCCGAAAGUUGCAGCUCAUGAAUUUCAGUCUUCCACACAAACUGAGCUACCCACCAAACAACCCAGAAGAAACAGGAGACCACCAAAAGGCAGAAGCCAGCGGAACCAAAGCAAGACCACCAACACUGUUACUCAUGCCGCCGGCUCAUCAGAUCCUGAGAACAGCGGAGACGACCCCGAGAACAGCAGCCAGGACCAGAGCUCUCGUCAGCUGCAGAGGGGGAGGAGAGAGGUGCCAGGAGAGAUCAUGAAUCCCACUGUUAAAUCACAUGUGCAUGGAAUGCAUCACCAGCAUGAGGAGUGUCUGAAUUUAACGCAGCUGCUGCAGCAGUAUGGACUGAGCUCAGAGUCUCUCAUCUCUCCAGUGCAGUUUACUUAUUUAUGCCCAGCACUGCUCUACCAGAUAGACAGGCGCUUCUGCAUCCUUCAUUACCAUCACGUUGAGGCUGACACCCAAGAUGCAACAUCUGCAGUGUGGAUCUGGAUUUGGGGCUUUGUGUCUAUCACCAUCAUCAGUCUGCUAUCUCUGCUGGGUGUGAUUCUGGUGCCCAUCCUCAACCAGUCCUGCUUCAAGUUUCUCUUGACCUUCCUAGUGGCUCUGGCUGUUGGCACCCUCAGCGGGGAUGCUUUACUGCAUCUUCUACCUCAUUCUCAAGGAGAACAUGAUCACAGUACUGGAGGGCACAUGGAGGAAGAACAUGAAGAGGAUUUUCUGACAAAGUUUGAUGGUGUUUGGAAAGGACUGACUGCAUUAGCAGGAAUCUACCUCCUCUUCAUCAUAGAGCAUUGCAUUGGCAUGUUCAAACACUACAGCGACCAAAGGGGAAGCCUCUGCCAGAAGAAGAAGAAAGAACAGGCAAAGAUCGGUAGUAAAUUGUCAGACCACAAACUCAACAGACGCUCAGAUGCUGAGUGGCUCCAUCUGAAAACUUUAACAGAGGGAGAAGGUAUGAUAUGUGAAGCUGGGCACAAUGACACUCAGAUGACAGAGCUGCAGCCUUUGGAUUCACCCAGCAAGAUGCCGCUGGCCAUUGCUGAUUCCGAUCACACCUACAAAGAGGCAGUAAAAACAGAGGACAGUGGGCCAAAGGCCAAGACAAAAAAGCAUGGACACGGACAUAGUCAUGGGCACUCCCAUCACGGGCACUGCCACUCUGACCAGGAAAUGAAAGAUGCAGGAAUCGCCAGCAUAGCAUGGAUGGUUAUCAUGGGAGAUGGCAUGCAUAACUUUAGUGAUGGACUUGCUAUAGGUGCUGCUUUCAGUGCUAAUAUCACAGGAGGCAUCAGUACUUCAGUAGCUGUUUUCUGUCAUGAACUACCCCAUGAACUGGGUGACUUUGCUGUUUUAUUGAAGGCUGGAAUGUCUGUGAAGCAAGCUAUUGUGUACAACGUCCUCUCUGCUCUGAUGGCCUAUAUAGGCAUGGUGAUCGGCACGGCCGUGGGGCAGUACACGCACAAUGUCACUGGCUGGAUAUUUGCCGUAACCGCUGGCAUGUUUCUCUAUGUGGCAUUAGUGGACAUGUUGCCAGAGAUGCUUCAUGGUGACAGUGAAGAGCACAAGCGCUGUGAAAUGGGGCACUUCAUCCUGCAGAACUUUGGCAUGCUCACUGGGUUUGGCAUCAUGCUGCUGAUUGCCAUUUUCGAGGAUCACAUUGUGUUUGACUUUGGCUUCUAGCCAGAGACUGGUAUGGGGGGGGGGCAUCAUUCAUUACUACAAUCACACAUGUGCUUUGCCUUAAAGUGGCUUUGUUUUGUGAUGGUACAGUCCUGCAAGCAUGUCUUAAUAGUCCGUAUCAGUGGCUUACAUAGGACUUGGACAAGCAGACAAAUGUGUUUACGUUUCAUCAUCUCGCAUCAUUCCCUCUAGGCUACACAAACCGGUUGCUGUUUUCCUUCAGUUUCUCUUGUAGCUAUAGCUGGAUCUCGGUAUGCUGGAGCUUUUUCUCUUUGUUAUUCCUUUUUGAUUUGUGUAGGUGUGUCCAAACAAACAUAUACACCUUGCAUUUCUGAGAAGCACUUCCCAGUAUUUGGGUUAUCCCUUUAAUAUUGAAGUGUUGUUUUAGGACAGUGUCACUGAUAGAAUCACUCAUUGCAGCUGCCUAGUUCAACAGUCACCCAUUCAUUUUAACGUGUUGAGCACUGUGUCAUGUUUAGCUCUUUCAUUCAUUUGUAUCCCACAGUCCAUUCGUUGUAACUGAUGUUUUGUGUCAUGUACCUCUCUUGUGUCCACCAUUGCAGUGUCAAGAACAAGUAACAACUGUGUGCUAAAAUGGUGCAACAGAGCCCAACUUGCAUUUUUUAAUUUAUUAAGAAGAACUGGUCAGCAUCGUAUAUCAGGACUAAACACAACAAACAUGAUGCUUUUUUAAAAAGAAUUUUUUCUUUGAGCUUUGCUGAAAGCUUUGACUACUUGUUUCUUUCUUACACUAUAUAUACUGUUGAUAGUGAUGGGAGUGUCCUCAUUCUUAGAAUUUCAUUUCUGUUAAUAUUAUUGGUUAAUAUUGUACUGUUGUUUUGACCAAGUUUGAAUAUUUGAAGUAAAAGGUAUGCAACAGUGUUAAUGAAUAACCUCUGACACAGUGCUACUGAAAGACCGAACACAUUGAGAAGGUCAGUCCAGUCCAGUAUUAACUUUAAUGCUGAAACACUGUGAUACUUGAAUGAAGAACAAUUAGAUAAGCAUAUCGGUACAUCAAGGAAUUUAUAAUUUUUCUUUGGAAUGUAUACUUAUUCAGUGAUAAUCAUGAUUAUUUAUCUGAAUAUAAAUACAAGUUACUUCCAUAUCAAAAUGUUGCCGUAGAUAAUGACUACACUUAUUUUAUCCCGUACAUCAAGGUUACAGUCAAGUAAUGAAGUUAAUAAUCAUUAUGUUCCCCUAAGGAAAUUUGCUACUGAAGAUUCUUAUUUUUGUUAAACAUGAUACCUUUUUUUUUUUUAAACAUCUUUGUUACUUUUUAAUUAUAUAAAAUGUUUGGUAUUGCUGGAUAGUUUGUCGAAGAUACAGAAUUAUAAGAGUUUUUUUUGUGAGACAAAAGCAAGUUCAUAACUUUUUUACAUUGACCAAAGUAACGUUCCAUACAGAUUUGGGGAAAACCAUUCCUUUUUUUUUUUUUUAUCUAAAAUUUGUCAAAUUAGCUAUAAUGUCAUUUACUUUUGACAAUCUAAACGCUUUCAUUGUUGAUUCCCUCUGGUUAUUGAAAUUUCUUACAUUUCAAUUAUUGGCCUUAUUGGUACUUGUAUGAAAGUCUGAAUACAGUCAAAUCUAUACAACAUCUCUUGAUUGGUCCCUUUGUUGAAUGUUGUUUUGUUUAACAAGUUUUGAUUGUGCCAAAUAUAGGCUAUGGUUCUGAAUUUGAGCACAAACACUGCCUAUGCCAGCAGUCACCUCCACACAUUCAUGUUCACUGCUUGAAUCCUCUACCGUUAUGAGUUUGUGGGGCAUGUUAUGUGAUUCAUGCUUAUCUUGUCACCAUGUGACAUCCAUCUGUUCUCAUGGGUGUGUAUCAUUAUUAAUUGCAUUUGUCAGAUGUACUUGCUUGAAUGGAAACAUGCAUGAGACAAAUGGAAGAAGCUAAAUGUUUUUGGGUGCAUUUAAUUGAAAUUAUGAAAUUAUCUGCUAAUAAAAUAAAGUUUUCCAUGUAGUUAAACCUGUAAUUUUAAUUUUAGAUGUUAAAAACAGAGUGAAAGAAACCGCCCUAGAGCUCAACAAUUGGAAUGAAACCCCUUUGGAGUAGUGUUGCAAAGAAAUAAUUAAAUUAGUCCUAAUUAAAAAGGACCAUUCAGUCAAAAUAUCCAUUACUUACAUUUUAUGUCAAUUUAAUCUGGACAAUAAAAAAAUUAAUUUUGUUGACUUGGAUGUUAAAGCAUCAUCAAUACAAAUCCCAUUGUUGCUGAUUGUCUGUGCUUUCUUUGUCAGAAGAAAAAAUAAAGUUUGCAAAGAGCAUAUAGUGUGUUUGAGGUUAUUAACAAUCUUAUCUAAUACAAUCUUAUUAAAUUAUUCUAUUACAUUUUGAUUGUAGAGAUGGGAAAACUU